AUGUCUUUCGAGUACGGCCAAUUCCCGAACGCCCAGCAAGAGGCUGUGCCGGGUCAAGUUCCUCCCCAGGAUGGCGCUGCUCCAGGCCAGCCAACCGAUCCGACUGGUCAGCAGCAAAUGGCCUUCCAGAAUCCCGAUGUGAACGUCAACGCACCGCCUCAGCCAGGUCCUGGAGGUGAACAAAAGACCACUCUUUGGAUGGGUGAGCUUGAACCAUGGAUUGACGAGAACUUUGUGCGCAACCUUUGGUUCCAAAUGGGCGAACAGGUCAGCGUCAAGAUGAUCCGUGACAAGUUUUCAGGUAGUAACGCUGGUUAUUGCUUUGUCGACUUUUCGUCCCCUCAGGCCGCCGCCAAGGCUCUUCAGCUCAGUGGUCAGCCCAUGCCAAACUCCACCCGCCCCUUCAAGCUCAACUGGGCUACUGGAGGUGGUUUGGCCGAUCGACGCGAUGACCGUGGUCCCGAAUACUCCAUCUUUGUCGGUGAUCUGGGCCCCGAGGUGAACGAAUACGUCCUCGUCUCCCUCUUCCAAAGCCGCUUCCCUUCGUGCAAGUCGGCCAAAAUCAUGACCGAUCCUCUUUCUGGCAUGUCUCGCGGCUACGGAUUCGUUCGCUUUUCGGACGAAGGCGAUCAGCAACGCGCUCUCACCGAGAUGCAAGGCGUGUAUUGCGGCAAUCGUCCUAUGCGUAUCUCGACCGCCACUCCUAAGAACAAGGGAAUGCCAAUGGGGGCUGCUGGAGGUGCCGCCAACAUGGGCAUGCCAGGCCCAAUGGGAUACCCACCCAUGGGAGGUCCACCAAUGCCAUACUACGGGCAACAGCAGAGCCCUCAGCCCAUGAACCAGUUUACCGAUCCUAACAAUACGACUGUGUUUGUCGGAGGCUUGUCUGGCUAUGUCACGGAGGAUGAGUUGCGGUCUUUCUUCCAGGGAUUCGGUGAGAUCACCUAUGUCAAGAUUCCACCUGGCAAAGGAUGCGGUUUUGUUCAGUUUGUCCAACGCCACGCCGCGGAAAUGGCCAUCAAUCAGAUGCAGGGAUAUCCUAUUGGGAACUCCCGUGUCCGACUGAGCUGGGGACGCAGCCAGAACAAUUCCGGCCCCGCUGGCACCCCCUACCGCCCUGCACCCCCUCCGCCGAUCUACCCGGCCAUGGGCAUGCCUCCCGCUCACUCAUACGGCAGCUAUGCGCCAAUGAAGGUCAGUCCAAAACCCCGCUCGUGUUCAGUUGGAAGUGACUAA